UUGUCGGCUGUACAAUCAUCUGUAAUAUUUCUCAUAGUUGUAAUAACAUAAUUAUUCAGCGUUAGAAAAAAAAAACAAUACCAAAAUGUUCUUUAAUUUUAAUAAUAUAGAUAACAUAAAAAUGUUGAUUUUGUCAAUAAUCAACUAAAACUUACUUUUCUAUUUAAUGAAUUUUUUCUUCAUAGUUUUGUCAUUCCAUAACAUUUUCAUAAUUGGCAAAAUGCUUGGCAAAAUGCUUGAAUAAACCAAUUACCUAGGAAACGCACGUUCACUCUCUCUCUCUCUCUCUAUCUUUCUGCUUCCUCUGGUCUCUUUCAUAUAGCUCAGAGCCUUCCUCUCUUUCUCUCUCUUGCUUCUGCUUAAUUUCUCUCUUUAUCAAAAACAUUUUCCGUUCUUUACUCUUUUUAUAUUUCCAUCACUCUAUUUUUUCCUCUGCAAUCUUUGUGUUCCCUUCUCUCUCUCUUAACGGCUGACUGAUGCACUCUCUCCCUUUGGUGUCUCCGCCGUGAUUAAAUGGGGUGCAUGUUCUCUCACCUCGCCGCCAAGUUCGCCUUUUUCCCUCCCUCUCCUCCCACCUACCACGUCACAACAACACCUGACGGAAAACUCACAGCCGUUUCCUCCUCCACUUCCUCAACUUUUCCCGCCGCCGGAGACGCAUCGCUCGACGUCAGGGUGGUGAAGACGAGACGUGGAAACAAAGUCACAGCUUUUUACCUGAGAAACCAUAACGCGAGACUCACGCUUCUGUAUUCACAUGGGAACGCCGCAGACUUGGGACAACUCUUCGAUCUCUUCCUUCAACUCAAAGUCAAUCUCCGAGUCAAUCUCAUGGGGUAUGAUUAUUCAGGAUACGGAGCUUCUACCGCCGAGUGAGUACAAUACAUAUGCGGAUAUUGAGGCGGUUUACGAGUGUUUGCAGACAGAAUAUGGGGUUGGGCAAGAAGAUUUGAUCUUGUAUGGUCAAUCCGUUGGCAGUGGACCGACUUUGCACCUUGCUUCUAAGCUUCCUCGGCUUAGAGGUGUGGUCCUUCAUAGUGGCAUUCUCUCUGGUCUUCGUGUUCUCUGUCACGUCAAGUUCAAGUUUUGUUGCGACAUUUAUUCGAACAUAAACAAGAUCAAGAAGGUGAAAUGUCCGGUUCUUGUCAUACACGGAACAGAGGAUGAUGUGGUAAAUUGGCUACACGGAAACAGACUAUGGAAGAUGGCAAAGGAACCGUAUGAACCGCUUUGGAUAAAAGGUGGUGGACAUUGCAACCUCGAGAUUUAUCCGGAAUACAUUAGACAUCUCUAUCGGUUUAUACAAGACAUGGAGAAUACAACCACUAAAUCUCGUCUCAAGAAGAUUUGGCAAGAAAUCCGUAGAAGAGACGAAUCCAAAGGAUGUUGUAGUUUUAGACUGUGCAGACCGAAAUGCCCUCGGUGUCCUAAACCUAGUUGCGAUUGUAGCUGCGGUUGUUGCAAGUGGUCAUGUCCGUCGUUGAAGGGAUGUUUCUCUUGCUGUAAGAAACCGAGCUGUGUUAGUAGCUGUUGCAAGUGCUCGUGUCUGUCGUUGAAGGGGUGUUUCACUUGCUGGAAGAAACCGAGCUGUGUUAGUAAUUGCUGCUUUCCCAAGGUUAAAUGCUGCAGUUGCUUUGGGAAGCCUAGAUGUCCGAAAUGCUCUUGUUGGAAAUGUCUAAAAUGCCCUGAACCCGAGUGUUGUUGCUGUGCUGGUUGUUUUAGCUGGCUGUGUUGUUGUGGCGGAGGGAGGAGGAAGGAGGGCGAGACGAGAGGAAGGACUACGAUGGCUAAGAGUGGAGGGUAAUAUUGGUACUUUGAUAUUUUUUUGUAUAGAUUUUGUUCAAAGAUUGAUGUCGAUGAUUCAUGGGAACACUUAGUUUUGAAGAGAAAGCCUCUUUGGCUCCA